GACGACCUUACGGAAGAUUUCCUCACUGCUACAGCGCCUCGCUCAGUAUAUAAGUGCAUCCAGAGCUGAUGUGGGCAGAACUCAACGCCAACACCUCAACAUGAAGUUUGUGAUCAUCGCCGCCCUCGUCGCCGUGGCCUUCGCCGCCCCCGACAGGCGCUAUGGCUCCGUGGGAUCCAGCGAGGAGGCAGAGAUCCUGCAGCACGACUUCGAUCUCCAGGACGACGGCAGGUACAACCUGGACGUGAAGACCAGCAACGGCAUCUUGGUGUCCCAGCACGGCAGCCCAGACGGUCCCAAGGACGCCGUGGUCAAGAGUGGAGUGUACUCCUACACCGCCCCUGACGGCACCCCCGUUGAGGUGAAGUUCGUCGCCGACGCCGGCGGCUACCAGCCUCAGUCUGACCUGCUGCCCGUGGCCCCUGAGUUCCCCCACCCCAUCCCAGAUUUCGUGCUGGCCCAGAUUGCUAAGGCCGCCGAGGAGGACCGCAGGGGCUCCAGCAGAAGCUACGCUUAAGCUGAUGACAACCUGACCAUACGACUCUGAACAGCGAUAAACAGUCCUGAGCAACACUGGAUUUUGCGUCACUGGCAAUGCACUUCAUGGAGUGUAAAACUUGUGACACAUUAAUCCAGCGCAACUUUACUUAUCUAUUUAUUUAUUUAUUUAUGUAAAUAUAAGUCACAUUUAAAA